AUGAACGACCACGACGACACCCCGACAACCUCCCUCUCGGAGCCACCCGAGGACGCCUACGUGCAGAGCACACCCAGUUUGCUCUCACCUGCCUCACCCAAGCCCAUGCAUUUCCCACAACCCACCAACAUUCCAGUCCUCGACAACAUGAUGGAUGUCGGCUGGAAUCAGACCGAAAUCCACAUGAAUGAUCCCGCCAUGCACAACACCGAAGUUCGUCCCGAUGCCUGGCGUGAUCCCAAUGAGCAACCCAACGACCACGAUUCACCUUUCUCCACUGGCGGAGAGGUGACGCAAAUCGACAACCCGGAGACUGCUGCACAUAGCGAACAGACAGCUUCCAAUGGACUUGAUGAUGCUACCGCCUCAAGUGCACCAUUCUCUAAUGGCAAUUCCUAUCAAGCCAAUUCUCGUCUCCAGGGUGACAAUGCUCCGCCCACUUCGGAUGCAAAGCCUAUAUCUGCAUCAAAUCCCAGCGAUCCUGCUGCUGCUGCCGAAUCUGCUCCCACCGCAGAUGCCAUCCCACACCAGACCAGUGAGGUCGAAAAUGCCAGCCAAGCGCAGUCCACGCCAAUUCCCACCAAUGCUGCGCCUACUGACGGCUUGACCGCGGCCUUGUCUCCAUCUCAUGCUCAUUCCCAAGCGCCUGUCAGUAUCCACGACUCUUCUUCUCAAUCAGCGCCUUCCCUUGGUGCUGCUCCAGCUGGCCUCCCACCACGGCCUCCACCCCAGGAAAACCCAUUGAUCAACCAACAUUACGUGCAUGCCCAAAAUCUGCGCGACUACCAUCCACACGCCUCCCAUUCGGCUGUGCAGUCUCACAAUCGUACUAAUUCCUCCGGCCACGUCAAUGCCUUCACCUCGCCCACGCAGUCCCAUCCCAAUCCCGGAAACGCCUUCCAGACCCAGCGUUCUCCACCCAUCGGAAACGCCUCGUCUGUUGCUUCGCAUGCUUCGAUACAACGCUCGCCUGGUGCUAACACACCCAUAGAGAGUCGUCGGGAGUAUAAGCUUGCCCUUGGGGAGCCGAUCAGCACGGACGAUCAAGCGUGGGAUCAUGAGACGCAACGGAGAUACGACCACUUUCUGGAGGAGGAGAGGCGAUAUGUGAAUGAAGCGCAGUGGGAUCAGUUUCCUGCUGGUUCGAGAUUGUUCGUUGGCAACCUUUCUAGUGAGAAGGUGACGAAGCGAGACAUCUACCACGUCUUUCACAACUACGGCGAUCUCGCGCAAGUCUCUAUCAAGCAGGCGUAUGGAUUCGUGCAGUUCUUGCGACCCGAGGACUGCGCUCGCGCAUUGUCUGGUGAACAGGGCAGACAGAUCCGCGACAAGAAGAUUCACCUCGAAGUCAGCAAACCGCAAAAAGCACCACGAAACCAGCAGAACAACAAUCGCCGCUCACGCUCGCCCGAUCAACGCAACAGAAACGACCGCUUCCAAUCCGGUGGCCGAGGCGGAGGAGGAGGAGGAGGCUUCAAUAAUCGUGGAGGACGAGACUCAAGAGAUGGAGGAGGAUAUCGUCAACAAUACCGCUCGCCUUCACCACGAGGCGGCUACCGCGAUCGCCGAGAUGACCGCUACCGAACACGAUCCCGCUCUCCACCAGGUGGAUACAACCAGCGCGAUCGCUACAACUCCCGCACAUCUCCUCCUCGCCGCGACGACCUCGAUGAAGACCUUCCACUCCCUCGCCGGCAUCCCUCCGAUGUACCUGAAGUACAACUCAUCAGCGUCGACGCCUUGGAGAAAGACUUCCUCAACUGGGUCAAAGACGCGUUCGCAAGUCGCGGCGUGAGGGUGGACACCCUGAUCAUCUCCCCACGCUUGAGAGAGGACGCCGUCGUCCGCCGCCAAAUCCUCGAAGGCGUAGUAGCCGUGAGCAAAUUGCGUCGAUUCAACCAAGACAUGUCGAAAAUCGGACUCACGAUAUUCAAAAGAAGAGGAGGCGGACAAGAGGUGCAAUUUGAAGAGUACGAUAAUUUGGAUCCCGCGGUCGCGGUGGAAUUGGUGUUGAGGGAGAAGGCUGCUGCGGGUCCUCCUCCUCCGCCGACGACGACGACGAGGAUGGGGAAUGCGGGUGGGGCGUAUGGACAUUCUCAAGGUGGAGGGCCGUCGCCGGCACUGCAACAGCAGGGUUAUCCACCGCCGGGCUCGUAUGCUGGAUAUCAGCCGCAACAGCCGCCGAGUGCGUAUGCGCAGCUGCCGCAGUCGGCGGGAGGACAUGUUUUUGGUGGGGCGUACGUGCAGCCGCCGCAGUCGGGCUAUGGCCAACCUCCACCGCACAAUGCUGCUCCGCCAUACGGCGCUCCUCCUCGUCCGACUCCGCAGAACGUCAAUCCGAAUGACUUGCAGGGAUUGUUGGGCAUUCUGAACCCCGGCAGUGUCCCUCCUCCUCAGCAGCAGCAGGGUGGUCCACCUGGAGGACCGUACGGAUAUGGUGGAGGUGCGCAGCAGUAUCCUCCGCCUCAGCAGCAGCAAAGUGGUGGGUAUGCGGGUGGGGGACAGCAGGGGUAUGGACAGGCGGGUCCAGGUGCAGGAGGUGCGCCGGAUAUGAAGGAUUUUUUGGCGAAGUUGCAGCAUUUUGGGGAUAGGGGGCGGUAGACUGGUAGACUGUCGGUGUCAGAGC